GCCAGCAAGUAUGUAUGACUUUCCCUGGGUCACCAUGUCAUCAGUUGGCAUUAUUGUAGCUUUGUGCUUGCUGAUUUUAUACGCGUGGAUUACUUGGGCAUCAGCUCCUUAUCCUCCUUACAUCGUGGUGAAACGUGUUUGUAGGAAAGAUGGCAACACUGCUGAGUGUGAGAGAAUGAUCAGGAUGCCGAUGCUGGUCCCAGAGUCCUACUUCACAAAAUUCCCUGCCAAACCCAAGCCUGGAAAAACAUUUCUAAUGCGUGAUCACCAGGGAUCAAGAAGGAGCUGGUUCGAUAAUAAUAACAAUAAACACCGAACUAAUACGGAUCCCCAUCAUCAUCAUCAGCAGCUGUCUCAUCAAUACUGCAUGCCUUGGAUCGGGUUCCGGAUGCUUCCGUCGACUGCAAAUAUUGUACAGCCAUUCGUGUCUAUUAUUGGGAAGGGAAAUCGUGCCAAUUCUGAGGAUCAGCAGUCCUGGGAACAACGGGAGGACAAUCAUUUUGAGGCUUGCAAGGAUUUUCCGAAAGAAAAUUGUCGUGAUUUGCGAAAGGGCGAUGUUAUUUACCUCAUGAACGCCGCGCAACCUAAAGCACGAGUUAACGAAUCAUAUUCCUGUGAUUCGUGGACUAUUAGUCUUGAUCGGUUUUCUAUUCUGCAAUCGAUCUGUCGGUCGAAAGACACAUGUGCCAACGCGAAUACCCCUGAAGAACUCUGCGUUUUCUGCUCUGUAUCGAAAGAUCUAAAAGAUCUCCCGCAAUGGCCUGAAAUGCUUUUCGCUGAAAACUCCCUCCGGCUGACCCAUUCCAGUGGGAUUGAAAUAUAUUUCAAUGCUAUCGAAGCUUUAAAAAAGGUGAAACUUCAGGAAGACUCCGCGAAAGUGGCCAUGUCGGAAGUGUGGAAAGCAGCCAGGUCCGAUUGUGAAUAUGUUCAUUCCAAAGUUGUUCAGCCGUAUGAUUGGACCUUUACGACCGAUUAUAAGGGGAGUGUGUCUCCGGUGUCAGCGAUUUUCCGUCCUGCGAAUGAUGACGAACGGAUCAACUACACCAAAUUGAGCAAAAUGGAGAAGAUUAAUUUUUAUGGAGAAAUGGAUUUAUUUGAAGAUGAGUUAGGCGACAAUGGAGCUGCAAGUGUGAACAUUCGUCUGAGAGUGAUGCCAAGUUGUUUCCUUCUUCUCCUGCGGUUCUAUCUUCGAAUCGAUCACGUCUUGAUUCGGGUUUUCGACACUAGAUAUUAUUUUGAAUUUGGCUCCAACAAGCUCAUUCGAGAGUUUUCUCGGAGGGAAAGUAAGCUUGCGGAAAAUCGAGGGAUUGGCGAAAUUUUAUGGGAUCUAUGCUUGACAAGACCAUACCAAAGCCUGGGUUCUCCGGCAACUGGAAGUGGGGUGUCAAGUUCUCCACUUCUGACUGGCACGGAGAAGAACAAAGUGGGCAAGCCAGGGUUUCAUCCUGGCCACAUGUCUACAGAUGAAGAAAAAAUUGCGGGAAUACCCAGUGGAGAGAAUGUUACCUCAAAAGAGAUUCUCAAGGAAAUGCUCGAGUAUGUGUGGCCAAAGGAGUUACCGGGGAUUCGGAGACGAGUGUGUGUUUCUUUAGGGUUGUUGGUUGGAGCCAAAAUCCUGAAUGUACAAGUGCCAUUUAUCUUCAAACACGCUAUUGAUUUUCUCAAUGAACAAACUGGAGUCCUGGCUCUGAAUGGUGACCCAGCUUCCACUGUCACCAUGUAUGCAACUGCUCUUCUUGUUGGCUAUGGUGCUGCAAGAGCAGGUGCAGCAGGAUUCAAUGAGCUGAGGAAUGCAGUUUUCGCCAAAGUUGCGAACCAUUCCAUUCGUGCAGUUGCCCGAAACGUGUUUAUGCAUUUGCAUAACAUGGACUUGUCUUUCCAUCUCGGGAGAAGAACUGGUGCUUUAUCGAAAGCAAUUGACAGGGGAUCCAGAGGCAUCAAUUUUGUGCUCUCUGCUUUAGUCUUCAACGUCGUUCCGACAGCUUUCGAAGUGGGCCUGGUGUCAACAAUUUUGUAUUACAAGUGUGGCUGGGAAUUCACGGCCGUCACGUUAGGAUGCAUAAGUACAUACACAGCAUUCACAUUGAUUGUGACAAAAUGGAGAACUGCUGUGAGAAUCAAGAUGAAUCAAGCAGAAAAUCAGGCUGGAAAUAGAGCGAUUGAUUCUCUAAUCAAUUACGAAACGGUCAAAUAUUUCAACAACGAAUCGUACGAGACCAAGGAAUACGACAAGCACUUGAAGAAAUAUUCAGAUGCAGCUCUGAAAACAACGACGAGCUUGGCAGCGUUGAAUUUUGGACAGAAUUUUAUUUUCACAUCUGCGAUCACUGCGAUAAUGAUUUUGGCUGGCAGACACAUCUUGGAUGGCACGAUGACUGUCGGUGAUCUGGUGAUGGUCAAUGGGCUGUUGUUCCAGUUGUCUUUGCCGUUGGGCUUCCUUGGCUCUGUGUACAGGGAAGUUCGACAAUCGUUGAUUGACAUGCAGACCAUGUUCGGUCUGUUGAAGAUGGAGUCCAAAAUUCAGAAUUUGCCGAAUGCGGAAGGAAUUACCAUCCCAGUGACUGAAGCGGAAGUCCGGUUUGAAAAUGUGUCCUUUGGAUACGUUGAUGGAUUGCCAAUUUUGCGAGAUCUUUCUUUCACUGUGCCUCCUGGGAAAAAUAUUGCAUUGGUUGGGGGAAGUGGCUCUGGGAAGUCGACAGUUGUUCGACUCCUGUUUAGGUUCUUUGAACCUGCUGCCGGAAGAAUUUUGAUUGGUGGCAAAGAUAUAAAAGAAUUCAAUUUGGAUUCAUUGCGAAAGAUGAUUGCAAUUGUACCUCAGGAUUCUGUGUUGUUCCAUGACACUAUCUACCACAAUUUGCAUUAUGGAGACUUGAGCAAAAGUGAAGAGCAAGUUCAUAUGGCCGCAAGAAUGGCUGAGAUCCAUGAUUCUAUCACUCACUGGCCUGCUCAAUAUUCCACGCAGGUGGGUGAGCGUGGGUUGAAGUUGAGUGGAGGGGAGAAACAAAGGGUUGCAAUUGCGAGAGCAAUUUUGAAAGACUCGCCAGUUUUGGUGUUCGAUGAAGCGACUUCGUCUCUGGAUUCCUUGACUGAAAGGAAAAUUAUGAGUGCUUUGGAGCGUGCGACACGGAAUCGAACUUCAAUCAUGAUUGCUCACAGACUAUCAACAGUCAUGAACGCAGAUGAAAUUCUCGUAAUUUCCAAAGGGAAAGUGGCGCAGCGUGGAUCCCACCGAGAUUUACUCAAAGACACGAACGGACUUUAUUACAAGUUAUGGACGACCCAGAAUCAAAGUGAUCAUCUGGGCCAAGAGGGUCCCUAG